CUAUUCAAUAGUAACUCCUUUUUUCUUUUAAAUGUUUAUUUUAUGUCUUGCAACCAAGCUCAUUUUAAGUCUUUGUGAAAUAGAUUUCAGAGCAUGAUGAAGGUGCUCUCAAGUUUCUCAAAGAUAUCAAGUGGAGCAGGAUAGACAACCUAAAAGGUUGAAAAGAUGUUGAUUGGUUUUGCUUGCUUGACAGAUGUGGAAGAUAGUCUGGAAACAACAAUAGACGCCAUUAUAGAGGGUUGUAAUUAUUCAUGGGAAGGAAAUCAUGGAGGGAUAAGAAAAAAUCUUGAGGAUCCAUGCUUAGCUCCAUUUAAUGAGAUGAAAAGUUGGAGAGAGUCUGUACUCAUUGCACAAAGUGCUUGCCAGGAACUAGACAGUAUAUGUAAUGAAUAUAUUUGGACCAUACCAAUGUAUCGAGUAUCUCCAUCAGACGGUGGAUUCCGAGUUUUGGUGACCUUUAAAGGACCCGACUUCGAGUGUUCAUUGGGGGGUGACACUUGUUCCAAUCCUCGCGAAGUAAGAGACUCGGCUGCUGCAAGGAUGUUGGCUAACUUAAGAAGCAAGCAAAAAUCGGCUAGUGAUUUUGACUCCAAGGCAUAGAAUCAGCAAACUUUUUAGAUUUUUCUCUACCUUUGAUUUCUGUUUGGUGUAAGAAAAAUAAAAGUAGUUUUUAUUUUGCUGAUUUGACAAUUGAUGUGCCAUAUAUUAAGUAUAGCAGCUGAGUUUGUUGCUUAGUCCCAA